AUGUUGAGUUUUGAAAAGAUCACUCCGAGUACACCACACAGUAAUCCCAAGAACAUAUAUGGCACAGUCUCCCAGGACAACCAGUUAUUUUUCCACGAGACGGUGAACAUCUCAUCAAUGUCCAUCUUCAUGUAUGGGUGCAAUUUCUGCAGUACGGUUACUCCCACCGUCGAGCAAACAAAUGCAUUCCACAUCAUCUUAUCGACCGGAAACGCGGACUGGAUCUGCUCGAGUGCAAAAAGGACUCCUCCAAUUGGUGCAUUGAAAGCGAGCCCAAUGCCAAUGGCAACCGUCGACGAGAGUAAUUCCCUUCUGAUGGCUUCAUUCUUGGUAGGCGAGAACUUGGUAAUCAAGAAGUCUAGAACACCCAUGGAUAUAUGA